AUGAGCGCUCCUUCUUCCAAGACUCCAAUUUGGCUCGACUGCGAUACCGGGCAUGAUGAUGCCUAUGCCCUCCUGCUCUGCGCGCACGAUCCAAAAGUCGAGCUGCUCGGCGUAAGCACUGUCCACGGCAAUGCUGCGCUCGAGCAGACCACGUACAACACAAGGGCAAUCUUGGAGGCAGUUGGAAAGCGCCGUGUGAAGGUCUAUACUGGCGCUUCGAAGCCUCUCGUACGCGAUGCUGUACAUGCUGCCGACAUCCAUGGCGAGUCCGGCUUGGAUGGUGUCACCUUGCUACCGAGUCCCGUCGAACCAGCAGCGACCGACGUCGACCACCUCGAAGCCAUGCACCGAGCGCUCAUGGCUACACCACCAAACACCGCUUGGUUGGUCUCCACGGGCACAUUGACCAACAUCGGCAUGCUAUUUCAGAAGUACACCCAUCUAGCGGCUCAUCUCAAAGGUCUCAGUAUAAUGGGUGGUGCGGUGGGUGGAGGUUUUACGGAUGCGCCAAUGGGUACGGUUGAGGGAGAGGGCGAAAGAUUUGGCAACUGGACGCCAUAUGCUGAGUUCAACAUCUACUGUGAUCCUGAAGCAUCUCACUUCAUCUUCUCGCACCCUGUUCUGAAGCUCAAGACGACACUUGUACCUCUUGAUCUGACGCAUCAAGUUCUCGGUACGAAGAAAGUUCGCCAGACACAGCUAUACGGAGAUGCGACAUGGAACUCGCCAGGCUCGAAGAGUGACCACACACCUUCGGCUGUGCGGGCCUUGUUCACUCAAAUCAUGUCUUUUUUCGCUGGGACAUACGCUGAGGUUUUCUCUAUAACCGAAGGGCCACCGUUACAUGAUCCGCUCGCUGUCGCAGCUGCUUAUAAUCCCGAAAUAUUCGACGACAGAGGCGGCGAACGCUUCCAAGUUGAUGUAGUCACCGAAGGCCUUCAUUCGUCGGACAAGUUGAAAGUUGGUGAGCUUGGUAGAACAAAGGUCACCAAGCUUCCAAUCGGUGAAGGUGGCUGUCGCAUACCUAGAAGCGUUAACCUUGAUGCAUUCUGGGGCAGUAUCGAAAGUGCGCUCAAGUGUGCAGAUGCAGUCAGUCCAAUGCCCAAGGUUUCUAUCCAAGAGCUGGAAGAAGCUGGUGUCUUCAACGGUAUUGAAAAAUUACAAUGA